CAUUCUAGAACAUUAAAAAAUCAUCACUGUGAAUAAUGGUCUUCAAAAGUGUUGUUUCUAAGCCAUGACUUGAGUGUGUUGAAUGCACUUCUUAGCCCGGGAAUGAGCUUAUCCUAUGAUUGUAGCAUACUACCAUCAGCUUAAAACUUUGCAGGGCUUUAUGUAAUAAUGUGACAUGAUUAUAGGCCCGUUUCCCUAGUCAAUCGGAGCAGGUAGGAAGACAGUUAUCAACUUUAGCGAUGCAGUUUUUGUAUCAACAUCUUUUUCUUUGAUUAACAAGUUUUGAUGUGGAUGCUUCACCGAACGUACCAAGUCUAUUAGAACUAGAAUACUGUCUUACGUUUUUUUUCACAUGCAAAGUUUGAUACUAUGCCAGCAGGGAAGACUGGCUAGUAUGCUGCCGGUAACAGUCAUGGGAGGAUAAAGGUGCCUUCUUUCUUUAUUUUUUCUUUUGGGUUUUAUUAGAACAUAUGUUUUGGCCUAGGUUAUAACAAUUUGAGAAACUAAAAUCUAGCAUUAGUUGAUUUGGAAGUCGAAAAUUUGCUUGAAGUUUAAGGAGAGAUGCUGCUUGAUCAAGUUCUUUCAGAGCUCUCUGAAAAGGGGCUUGGCAAUUUUGAGAAAGAAAAUCCCCCAAGCCCAAGCUUUGGAAGUACAGAAGAUAGUAUAGGGACAGAUGAAUCAUCAGACAGAGAGAAUUCAAGCUUGAUCAACAGUACUUUGAUUGGAAAUGAGAUAAAUUGCAGAGGAUGUGAAGAGAAGGAGCUCAAGCUUCCAUUGGAAUCUAAUGCCAUGCUCUGCAAUAGUGUGCAAAGCCAGAAAUUAGAUAGCCCAUCUGGUUCAGUUGCAGUAAUAGCAUCCAUUCCUUUUCACUGGGAAGAAAAGCCAGGGAAACCCAAGAACCCAUCUGUAGAAAAUCCCGAGUAUACCCUUAGAUUGCCUCCCAUUAGACAAUCAAAAUUGUAUCCUCAUGUAGGCGAUCAGAAGUCUUCUAGAAAAACGCUAAACAGCCUAUCAGGAAGAUACAAAUUUCCCAUGCAAGGCAGGGCAUCCAAACCCAUCAACCAAGUCGCCAAAGUCCCAACAGGAAUGGAAAUCUACAAGCGUGAAUUGGCUAAGGAUUUUGCAGCUUCUGAUCUUGAAUCCAUAUGGGAAGAAGAAGACGAAGAGGAAUUGCUUGAACUUUGCAAGACAACUUAUUCUUCUCAAGACUUUCAAGAGAUAUAUUCUAGGAGAAGUUACGAUUUGAUGUUUCCUGAAACUAUUGAAGAGUACAUGGUGGGAAUUGGUGGUUUUGCUGAUGAUAGAAGCAGUAGGUAUCCAAUGGACAGAAGACAUAUGAUGACUCGAAGUGCAGAGCUUGCCCCAAGAAGGUUUCAUAGUCCUUGGAUGGGGUUUAAAAGUACAGAACUUGGGCUUCAUACUUCUGAUAAGAAAUCUCACAAAAUGACCAAGACCGCAUGCACAGGUAGCCCUUUCUCAAGCAAUAAUUCUGUUUCAGAUUACAGUAGGCCUUCGAAUUCUGAAUCCCCUCCUGCCCUUCUGGCAAACUGUCUCAUAUCUGUGGUAGAUAUGUCCAAUGCAGUUCCAGUGGAGGAUUGUGCCUUUUCUAACUUUAAAGUGCAAGAAGAAAAUGAUAUGCCAGUGACAAUAAAGCAGGAUUUUUUGGAGAAUGACGGUUCUUGGUCAUCCCUAGUGCAGAAAAGUUUGUCAGGACAGCGUAGCAGCUCGCGUAAAUACCAUCAAGAACUAAUGAGAUCUCAUUCUGUGCAAGCUUCAAGUCCCCUAUAUUCACUGAAAAGAGUUUCUUCAAUAGUAAAGAAAAGCGUUUGGAAUUCUCAGGGAUCCCUAUCUUCAGAAGAUAAGGUAUUGGAUAUUUUCAAUUCAAAGAAGGUAAGGAAAAUCCAAAAUCCAAAUUUGAAGAAAGAUGAAGAAUAUACAGAUGAAGAAGAAGAUGAUGAUGAUGAUGAGGAGGAGGACGAUGAUGAUGAUAGCCAUACUGGUUUUACUGAUCACAUCUCUUCAAAAGAAUUGAACGUUGCAACUGUGGGCCAAGAAUCAGGAUAUGACAAGUCAUCAAACUGUUCUUGCAAGGUCUUGGUUCCUUUGAGUUUGCCUGACUAUAAUCCUGGCAAAGAGUUUCUCCCCACAGGUUCACCAAAAAGUAGAUCUAGAAAGGAAGUGAUUCCUUUUGGAAGAUUUAAAAACUGUGUGAACAAUAUUUCUGUUACUCCAGUGAAAGAUGAUAGUCCAAUCAAUGCGCAGAGGCAUUAUAAGAAUGGUAUAGAAAAUAAGGCAUCUGUAGAAUAUGUGAAAGCGGUGAAAUAUAAGGGAUCUUGUGGAAAGCAUUCCAAGAGUGCGAAUCCCGCCAAGAUGCAAUUUUUCUCCGUGUUACUCAGGAAUUUUAUGGUCACCUGUGGAUUUGCCAGUACUAUAAGACAUGACAACAAAAGUGGCUUUUGUAGGAAAAGUGGAACACAAACUAUACAGUGCAUCAGAAAAAAAAAGAACUCCCAGCCUACAAAAGCUUUGCCUUGGUUGCAAUCAUCUGGGAUGGAGAAACGUUGAAGCAUUUCAAGGAUCAGUGAGGCCAUGACUGUAAUACCAAAGGUCUGCUAAUGGUUCCAUAUUCAGCAAAAUUCUUUCUUUCCUGCAUUCAUGAAUUGGAUGUGAGUUCUGAAAUAUUUUUGGGCAGAAAGCACAUAACUUGUGUGCUACAAGAGAGAAAUUUCUAGCUCCAUUUUUAUUUUGCCAUUGAUUAUAAUUUAUUCAAUCUCUUAUCAGCAUAUUAAAUCUCAUUGGGUGCCAAAUUUAGUAAUCAAGACAACACUUGAUAGCCUGCAUUUUUGUUCAUUCAACCCAAUUUAUGGCGUUUCGUGAGGUGGAAAUGCAUAGAGAUGAGUCUGAUUGUGAAAACUCCAUUACCUUCUAAGGAGAAAAAUGGUAAAUUGUUGUGAUCGAGAAUGGGUAUUUUGUUAAAAAGCCUAGUUUGGUCUUUAACAAUCCUAUUCUCCAUUUGUAUAUUUGUAAUUUGAGAGUUUAUAUAAAAACACAAAUAUUUUGAGCUGUUA